UGCAAUGAAAACAGGAAGAAAGACACCAUGAGGAAAUAUUUUCCCAAAAUGAAUCAGAGAGCGAUGGAGGGAUAUUGUGUUGUGGAAUGAGUCGUGAACACAGCGCAUCAGCCAACAGCAGAUGGAAGAGAUCGAGACUUUGGCUUUUCAGAGAGAGGGAGCGAGAGAGAGAGAGGGCAUACGUGUUCCAUGAGCUGAUUUCUGUGCUGGACAUCUCAUAUGAUGGAACGGGCGAUGGAGCAUUUGAAUGUACAGCUGAAUCGACUGACGCGCUCCCUGCGCCGCGCGAGGACUGUGGAACUCCCUGAAGACAGUGAAACAGCUGUGUACACCCUCAUGCCCAUGGUCAUGGCCGACCAGCACAGGUCAGUUUCUGAAUUGCUUUUAAACUCAAAGUUUGAUGUCAACUAUGCCUUUGGACGUGUUAAAAGAAGCCUUCUACACAUUGCUGCCAACUGUGGAUCGGUGGAGUGUCUUGUCCUGCUGUUAAAGCGUGGAGCGAAUCCAAACUAUCAGGAUAUCUCCGGCUGCACACCUCUGCAUCUGGCUGCAAGAAACGGACAGAAGAAGUGUAUGGGCAGACUGUUAGAGUUCAAUGCUGAUGUUAAUAUCUGCAAUAAUGAAGGUCUCACUGCUAUUCAUUGGCUGGCAGUGAAUGGAAGGACAGAGCUACUUCAUGACCUGGUGCAGCAUGUGUCUAAUGUGGACGUGGAGGACGCCAUGGGCCAGACAGCCUUACAUGUGGCCUGCCAGAAUGGACACAAGACUACAGUGCAGUGUCUUCUGGACAGCGGAGCGGACAUCAACAGGCCCAAUGUCUCUGGAGCCACUCCACUCUAUUUCGCCUGCAGUCAUGGUCAGAGGGACACCGCACAGAUACUGCUCCUCAGGGGAGCCAAGUAUUUGCCAGACAAGAAUGGGGUUACACCGCUUGACCUGUGUGUGCAGGGUGGUUAUGGUGAAUCAUGUGCAAUUCUCAUCCAGCACCAUAGCAGACUGUUUCAGACACUGAUACAGAUGACUCAGAAUGAUGACAUUAAAGAGAACAUGCUAAGGCAGGUUCUAGAACACGUUUCACAGCAGAGUGACUCCAGCUACCAAAUGAUCUUGACCAGCUUGGCUGACGUGACCACCACAAACGGACAUAAACUGCUGAGUUUGUCCAGUAACUUUGAGGUCCAAACAAAGAGUAUGCUCCGAAUUGUCCGGAUCUUCUGUCAUGUGUUCUGUCUUGGACCAUCCUGCCCAAACAACGGGAAGGACAUGGGUUACAACGGAAACAAGACACCACGUAACCAGGUUUUUAAGCCUCUGGAGCUGUUGUGGCACUCUCUUGAUGAAUGGCUGGUCCUCAUCUCCACCGAGCUGGAUAAGGAGAGCACAGACGCAACAACCUCAUCCUCAGGAAAUGACAUUGCGUCACUCUUCCUGAAAAAGCAGGAGGUCGACCCUUCUGUUUCCAGCGAAAAUCCCCCUCUGUUGCUGGACGCCAAGUCAGUGAUGAAGACGCCGGAGGGCUACGCCGAUGGUCAGGAUGUCAUCUCUAUGAUAGCCAAUCGCCUGAGCGCUGUGAUCCAGGCUUUCUACAUGUGCUGUUCCUGUCAGAUGCCACACGGCAUGACCUCCCCUCGAUUCAUCGAGUUUGUCUGUAAGCAUGAUGAAGUGCUGAAGUGUUUUGUGACAAGGAAUCCCAAAAUCAUCUUCAACCACUUCCACUUCCUGCUGGAAUGUCCCGAGCUCAUGUCCCGCUUCAUGCAUAUUAUUAAAGGACAGCCUAUUAUUUUUGCUUGGAUUUUGCUACAAUGUAGUAGAUCUAGGAUUAAUGCCAUGAAUAACCUUAUUCUGUCCUUUUCUCAGGGUCAGGGGGUGGUCAGAGAGUGGUUUGACAUUCUGUCCAAUGAGAUCAUCAACCCGGACUAUGCACUGUUUACACAAUCAGCUGAUGGUACCACGUUUCAACCCAACAGUAAUUCCUCUGUAAACCCAGAUCAUCUAAACUACUUCGGAUUUGCUGGUCAAAUCCUGGGUCUGGCUCUCUACCAUCGACAGCUGGUGAACAUCUACUUCACACGCUCCUUUUACAAGCACAUACUGGGCAUCCCAGUGAGCUAUCAGGAUGUGUCAUCCAUUGACCCAGAGUAUGCAAAAAAUCUGCAGUGGAUUCUGGACAAUGACAUCAGUGACCUUGGCCUUGAGCUCACCUUCUCUGUAGAGACAGAUGUGUUUGGAACUAUGGAAGAGGUCCCUCUCAAACCAGGAGGAAUUGCCAUUCAGGUCACCCAAGACAACAAGGAGGAGUAUGUGCAGCUGGUGACGGAGCUCAGGAUGACCCGAGCGAUUCAGCCGCAGAUCAAUGCCUUCCUGCUGGGCUUUCACACUUUCAUCCUCCCCUCGCUCAUCCAGCUCUUUGAUGAAUAUGAGCUGGAACUGCUGUUGUCAGGCAUGCCUGAAAUUGAUGUGAUGGACUGGAAGAAGAACACAGAGUACACUAGUGGCUACGACCUGCAGGAGCCUGUUAUACAGUGGUUUUGGGAAGUGGUUGAAAAUCUCACUCAAGAAGAUAGAGUCCUUCUCUUACAGUUUGUUACAGGAAGUUCAAGAGUUCCUCAUGGAGGAUUUGCUUUUCUUCUGGGCGGCAGCGGUCUGCAGAAGUUUACUAUUGCCGCUGUGCCCUACACAUCAAACCUACUGCCUACCUCUAGUACAUGUAUUAACAUGCUGAAACUCCCAGAAUACCCCAGCAAGGACGUCCUGCGUGAUCGUUUGCUGGUUGCACUGCAUUGUGGGAGUUACGGAUACACCAUGGCGUGACGCCGGCUUCUGCGUUUGCUGAGAAUUCUGCUCUGUGGACACACGACGCACGCAUGGCUCAGUUCAGGGAUUCUUCAACACUUCGAUUCAAAAGCCUUUAUAUUUUAUUUAUUUUUGGCACGAGGAAAUUUAUGACAGGGACAUCAGUGAAUAAUGACAUGAAUUAAUGAUACUUCAGGCACUGAGGCUGUUUUGUAUGUGUGAAAAAGAUGUUCAGGUCACAUUUCGCAGUAAAUUCAAAAUAAGGAUUUUUUUCUUUAGUUUUUCAUUGCUGUAAUACUCAUUUUUCUAUAUUACACCAAAUGCAAUACUAUUAUACAUUUUUUAAAUUAGAAUUAAUAUUCAUUUUUCUGUAUUACACC